AUGGAUUUACAAUCAAAUUUUAGUAAAAGAGUAUCCGAUAGGAACGGAUUUCAAUUAUAUGUUGAUAGAGCUAAGAAUUUAAUUUUCACUGUGACCUCAUAAUUAUUACAUGAAGAUUAAUAACCCUUAACAACAAGCUGUCUUGCAAUUAUAAUCUAAUAUUUUUAGCUCACUUAUUUAAUGUUCAAUUCAAAGAUUUAGAAUAUUUGGAAAAAUCAACCUGUAUCAGAUGCGAUCAGCUAUUUUCUCUCGUAUAAAUUUAAUUAGAAAUUUUAGGUGUUUCCUCCUCUCACCAUACACUAAUUCAUCAAAUUACUCAUCGCUUAUUAUAUUGCUCUAUCUUUGUAUUGGAAUAUUUACUUUAUCAACGAUGUUAACUUUUUUUAUAGGAUUAGGACUAAAUAAAAAGAAAUAAGAAAAUAAUUGGAUAAAAAAAGGUUUAAAGAUCUUGAUCAAUUUAUUCUUAUCAAUCCUUUAUUUACCAAUUAUUGAUGUAUUCAUAUCAAUAAUUGACUGUGGUUUUGAUGAAAAUGGAGUUUAUGUUCAUAAUUAAUUUUAAGACUAAGAAUGUUGGGUUGAUACACAUAUUCUCCAUGGAAUAGUGGCAAUUAUAUUCUCAAUAUUAUUCUAUUGUUAUUGUGUAUGUUUUUCAAUGUUGUAUUUUGAAUCAAAAUAUAUACCCACAGAUCCAAACUCAAAGAUGAGUGGAAGACCAUUAAUUGUAUUAUUUACAUAUGAACUAAUCCAAACUACUUUUCAAAAAUUAGUUGAUGGAAAUGAUAACUAAUACUUUUAAAUCAUAUUACUUUUAGGUGGAAGUUUAAUAAUCUUUUAGAAAUUUCAUACAGAAUUACCAUACAAUCAAAAGAUUAUAUAAAAAUUUUGGUCUAUUACUGUUACCUUAAAUGUUUGGGGAACCUUAUUACUAUGUUGUUCAAUGUUUUUAGAGAAAGUAAUUUUUAGUGGCAUCAUUUAUGCUUUUAUUUCAGGAUUGCCUUUGUUAAUAUUAACAGUAUUUAAAAUGGAUAAGUUAAAUUUUGAAUUAUUGCUAAUUAAUCAUUCAAAGGUAAGUGAUGUUUAAGAAAUAAUCAAUUAAACUAAUUAUCUUAUCAAAUUAUUGCAUUUCAUUAAGACAGACUCUGAUGCUUAAAUUAUAAUAGAUGGAUAUUUAGAAAUUCAUAGAGUUACUUGUGUAAGAGAAGAUUGUUAUCUCAAAAUUAAAAAUUAGCCUAAUAUUAGAUUAACUAAUUCAUUAUUAAGGGAUUCAACAUUAACAGAAAGAGAAACAGAUUUAAUAUUUGUAUUAGGAUAAAUUUAUUAUAAUUAAAUUAAAAGAUUUCCAGAAUCAGUUACUUUAAGAAUUAGAUACUCUUUCCUAUUGUCUGAUUAUAUGAGAUAAUUAUAAUAAGCAUUUAAUGAACUUACAUAGGCUGAAUAAUUGAGUCCAUCUUUUGAUGAAGAAUUUAUAAUUUUAAGAAAGAAGUUUAUUAUUUAAGAAUAAUUAGAUUCCUUUUAAAAUGAAAACUUUGGAAAAGUAGAUGUUGCAUCAGAAAUAUCAUUUCAAAAUAAUUAUAGAUAAUUAUUAUAAUAUAUAGAAUAAACAACUUUAUCUUAAAUGGAGUUUUGGUCAAUUCUACAAGAAGACUUUCCAGAUCUUGCUAAAGUAUAUCUAAUUGGUCAGAAGAUAAAUAAAUUAUUGAAUUUAAUUGAUUAAUUAUGGAUUAAAAUAUAGAAGGCUUCCUCUAAUAUAUCUAAGGCUAUGAGAUUAUAUGGAUAAUUCAUAAAUGAUGUAUUAUAAGAUGAAGAUUAUGGAGAAUAGUUAUUAAAAAAAUCAGAAUUAUAUUAAUAAUAAAUAUAAUAAAGAAAAAAAUAAAUUAUUUAGUUUAUUGGAGGAGAUGAAAUAGGAUUUGAACAAUAGGCAACAGUUAUUGUAUCAACAUCUAUUGAAAAAUUUGCUUUAGUCAUAACUCUUAAUUAAUCUUGUUGUCACCUUAUAGGAUAUACAAAAUAGGAAAUUAUCAAUAGAAAAAUUAAUUUAUUUAUGCCAAAUUUAUUUUAGAAGUUUCAUGAUUAAUAUAUUGAGAGAUUUCUUCUUACAAGUGAUAUAAAGAAUAUUAAUAAAGAUAGAUUCAUAUUCCUUAAAGAUAAACAAAAUUAUAUUUUACCUUGUUAUAUCGUUUUGAGAAUUUUACAUACUAUAGAUGAAAAUGUAAAUUUAGCAGCUUAAUUUAUUACUGUCAAGGCUUUCAAACCUAGUUGUUAUUUGAUAGUAGAUUAAGAAUAUAUUAUUGAUUCUAUAUCAGCAACAGCAAUUUAAUUAUUAGGAAUAGAAAAUAAAUAUAUAACUAAUAAAAAAAUAAGAUUAGAUUUAUUGUUUCCUGAAUUUAUUGAAAAUCUUUCAAUUUAUAUGACAAAAUUUGGAGGAAAAAUAAAGUAUGAAUAAGAAAAUUUUGUUAAUUAAUUUUAAUUACUUAAUCAAAAUAUUGUUGAAAAAGAAUAAGAAUUUAUCUGCAUUGUUAGAGAGAUAAUUAAUAUUACCACAAAUGAAGUUAUGGGAUUUUAUAUAAAAUUGGAAUUAUGUGAAUAAGGAAAUUAGAAUUCAAAAGAACUUUUAUUACCCUAAAAAUAAGUUUAAUAGAAUCUUUAAUUUAAAUAUAUAGUAAAUUAGAAAUUAUAUUUGGGUGAAUUUGUUGAUGAGAAUAAUUCAAAGUUAUCUCAAAGUAUAUUAUGGGAUUAAGUUGAUUAAUCUUCUUUAGGGUCUUCGAAUUAAAUUAAUAAUGAAACUACUCAUUAAGAAUCAAAUAGACGUAGAACAAUAAGAUUAUCAGAUCAUGAUAAACCAAUCAUAAAUUAUGCUGAAAAUAUUAGGGUUCUACGUCUUUUCUAAAAUCAAAUCUAAGAAAUAGAUGAUAAAGAUAAUGAUAUAUCUGAGGAUGAAGAGAAAGAAAGCGUAUUCUAAGUAUAAUAAGAUUUAAAUCCAUUAAAUGAUUAAGAAUAAAUAGAAAAUAACAUUUUUCGUUCUAGAAAAAACUUAGAAAGUAUUAUUACAUCAAAUGUAACACCUAGAGUUAUUGUAAAAGUUAAAUGGAUUAGUAAUAUAAUAAUUUUAAUAAUUUUAACACUCUCUUUCAUUGAUUAUUUUAUUACUAUUAAUUAAACAGAUGAAAUUUUUAAUACAAUCUUAUUAGUAAAAGAUGGAAACUUUAGAAAUAGUGAAUUAGGUAUUAUUUUAAGUUCAAUUUUUAAUUUAUAGUUAUUAAAUAGGAAUGUAUUCAAUUUAACAGCGGAUUAAGCUAAAAUAUAUGAAUUAGAAUAGAGAUCUAAUAUAAAUGAUUCUAUAAAUUAUGUAAACAUAUUGAAUCAAGAAAUUGUAUCUAAGGCAAGUAGUUUAACAUAAUCUAAUUAUGAAUUUGAAUUUGGCUUAAAAAAUGUUUAAAUGUAAAUUAACAUUGAUGGUUAAUUUGAAUAUUAUGAUUUGAAUUAAGCUAUUUAAUAGAUUCUUAGUAAAUCAUUGUCUAUAAGAGAUAAGAAAUUAAAUUUAAUAAAUUAAUAAGAUUCAGAUGUUAAUUUUGUUAUUAGAAAUUGGCUUAAUGGUUUAUAAUUGUAUUUAAAAGAAUCAUCAAAUAAUUUAAUUGAUAAUUUAAUAUCAAAGACAAUGGAAAAGAUUAGUAUCUUUGUAGUAUUAUUGGCUGUUUCUAUAUCAACUAUUAAUAUAGGACUCUUUCUAUUAAUAAUUGCUCUCAUAUCUGUAUCUCGUUCACAAAGUGAGAUAGUAAGUUUAUUUUUGGAUAUUCCUGAUAAAACUAUUAGAUAUUUAUAUCAUAAAAGUGAAAAUUUUCUUACAAAUCUACAAAUUGGAGAAGAUGAUGAUUUAAUGUCUGAAAAUGAUGAAAAUAUAGAUAAAGAAGAAAAUGCUUAAUUACAAAAGACUUUAAAAUCAAAAAGAACAAAAAAGAAAUAUAAAAAUGCUAAUAAAGAAUAUAGGUAUUUUAUAUAUAUUAUAAUUUUCAUCUUAAUACUAAUAUAAGGCUAUUUUAUUUUGACAUAUUUUAUAAGUGGAGCAUCUAUUGAAAAUAUCCAUACUCUCAGUAUUGAAUUUAAUUUGACAGCAAGAACUGAGUAAUUUUAUAGAUUUGUUGAAAUAUGUUAAAGAUCAUUAUUCUAUUCUAGGAAUAUGUCUAUACUUGAAAAAGACUCUUAUGAUAGUGUAGUUGAAAAUUAGGAUGAGCUAUAUUCUCAUAAUUCUUAUAUGUAAUAACUUCAUUCAUUAAAUAUUGAUUUAUUAUAACCAAACUAUGUUGAUGCAUUUAAUUCAUUAUAUAUUGAAGAUCCUUGUAAAAUAGUGAUAGAAUAAGAUUAGUCAAUUGAUGCAUAGUCUUGUUCUUUAGCAAUGGAUAGUGGUUUUUCAUAGGGUUUAAAUGUUGGUGUUCCAAGGUUUUUUGAAAAUGCAAGAUAUUUAAAAACUAUUUAUGAUCAAUUUUAUGAUAAUCCAAAGGCAAAUUUUACAUUACUUGCUAGAGGUUUUGCUACAUUUAGAAACAUUACAAAAGAUAAUGAUAACAGUACAAAUUUCAUUUUAAAUCUUAACAAUUUUUUACAUGGCAAAGAAAAUCGAGAAAUAUAACAUCAUUAUUUUAAAAGUAAUGAAAUAUUUAUUAAUUAAUUUAGAUGCAUUUAGAUAUUUAACUAAUUAAUUUAUUGAAGGUCUUAAUAAUGAAUUAGGAAAUUUAAAAUUAUAAAGAUUAGCAAUAUUUAUACUUUUUGAAGUAUUACUAUUUGUAAUAUACUUUUUAUUAUGGUUGCCUUUAGCUUUGAAGAUGGCAAAGGAUAUAUGGAGUACAAGAGCUAUGAUAUUGAUGAUACCUUUAAAAAUUAUUUUAAGGAUUAGAUCUAUAAAAGAUUAUAUUAGGAAUUAAAUAUAAGAAGGAGAUUAAGAUAGUUGA